CCUGUAGCAGGGGUGGGAUUUUUCAGCCAUGACAUGCAAAGUUUUUCAGCGACCCUGUCACUUCGACAUCAUGGCGUAGCGAUGUGCACGGACGGCAGGGUCGUACUGGUGGGCACGGAGAAGUUCAGAACACAACUUUUGUGGAUUUUUCUCAGAAAAAACGAGAAGACGAAACUACGGAAGCGCUGAAAUUCUUCGAGAAGAGUUUGGGUUUGUCAGUGACUGAAGAUGAUGUCUGAUGCCAGCGACAUGUUGGCUGCUGCUCUUGAGCAGAUGGAUGGAAUUAUAGCAGGUUCCAAAGCUAUAGACUACUCCAAUGGUUUGUUUGACUGCCAGUCGCCUACGUCACCUUUUAUGGGUAGUUUGCGAGCGCUUCACCUUUUGGAAGACCUAAGAAGUGUCCUAGAGUUGAUGGACUCGGAGGAAAGGGAGAGUCUACGAUGCCAGAUCCCCGACUCCACAGCUGACAGCCUUGUUGAGUGGCUCCACGGUCACAUGUCUAACGGACACAUUUCAUUGGGUGGAGGUGACCAUUACCAGGAGAGGCUUUCACGACUAGAGAGUGAUAAGGAGUCUCUUGUGCUUCAGGUGAGUGUACUGACAGACCAGGUUGAGGCUCAGGGGGAGAAGAUUCGUGAUCUGGACUUGUGUUUGGAUGAGCACAGGGAGAAGCUCAACGCCACAGAGGAGAUGCUGCAACAGGAGCUUCUGUGUAGAACUGCUCUGGAGACUCAGAAGCUUGAGCUUAUGUCUGAAGUGUCCAACCUUAAGCUGAAACUCAACAGUAUGAAAAACGAGAGGCUUGACUUUGAUGACGGAUUUAGGGACAGUGAGGAUUUGAUUCUUGAAAUUAAUGAGCUGCGGUACAGACUGACUGAACUGGAGACUGAAAAACUACAGUAUGAAAAGAAACUUAAAUCCACUAAGGAGGAGCUAGCCAUACUGAGGCGGCAGCUGGAGGGCAAAGACGGAGAGAUGAGGAGACUGCAGGACGAGACGGGCUUCAAGGCCAUCGGCUUGAACGGUGCAGAGCCCACAGACAGAGUCUCUCAUCCAGAUGAAACUCUUAGAAAGAGGCUGAAAGAAAAACAUGUGGAAGUCCAGAGGAUGAAGAAGGCAGUGGAGUCUUUGAUGGCAGCAAAUGAAGAAAAGGAUCGUAAAAUUGAAGAACUGAAACAGUCACUGCUGCGGUACAAGAAAGUUCAAGACAUGGUGAUGUCCGUGCAGGGAAAGAAAGAAACAAAGACAAACGAUAAUGAGCACAUUGAGAGUUCUGGUGAUGGAUGCACCACAGUCCCAGCUAGCUCUCCGUCUGUGGAGUCAGAAAAACAAGAAGGCACAGAUGCUGAACAACUGAGAGGGAAAAGCCCAGAUGAGGUUUGUGGAGAGGGAGAGGAGAUGCUGCAAAGGGCCACGGGUCGGUCUCAAACUUGGUCGAUGGAAAGCCCCAGUAGACUAAGUGAAGAGCCCUCGCCUUCACCCAGCCCGUCUGAUCCAGAGAGAGUGUCAGAAUCUGAACCGGCAGAUGCAGAAAGCAGUCAAGAGAACACAAAGACUGUGACUCAGGAUCACCUGGAUGGGAGCAAAACUGAGCAGAAGACAAGUGAGGAGAUCGGUAGCAUCAGUGAAAAGCCACCCAUAAAUCCUUCAGCCACCUUACCUGCCACCGUAGAGGACGAUCCCUUUGGCUCGAGAAAGGCUCGGUCGUCUUUUGGAAAAGGUUUCUUCAAGAUCCGCGGAGGCAAGAAGACGACCAGUAGUCCAAGCCUUGACCGCAGCAGGAGUGCGAGUGCGCCUAUGCUAGCUGAAACAGAACGACAGGGUACGGACCAUCUCGAUCUGGCAGGGCUGCCACAGAGGUCGAAUAACAGUGACAGCACACACACGCUCCCCACUACUCCAGAAAGCAGAAAAAAAUCCAAAGGAAUAAAAAAGCUCUUUGGGAAGUUAAAAAGGAGCCAGUCUACCACAUUUAACUUGGAUGACAAUCUACCAGAGGGUGAGUUCAAGCGAGGAGGAGUGCGUGCCACAGCAGGACCCAGACUGGGUUGGUCUCGUGAUCUUCAAAGGGUCAACAAUGACGUAGACGCUCCCUUUGCACGCUGGCCGAAGGAUCAGGUGUGCGACUGGCUGCAGGAGCAGGGUCUUGGUCUUUAUGUAAACAUGGCUCGCGCGUGGAUCUCCUCUGGACAGACGCUGCUACAGGCCUCGCAGCUGGACCUGGAGAGGGAGCUGGGCAUCAAACACCCGCUGCACAGAAAGAAGCUCCAGCUGGCUCUUCAGGCCCUCGGCUCAGAGGAGGAGGACAAUAAGGGAAAGCUGGACUACAACUGGGUGACAAGAUGGCUGGAUGACAUCGGCCUGCCUCAGUAUAAGACCCAGUUUGAUGAGGGAAGAGUGGACGGUCGCAUGCUGCACUACAUGACUGUGGAUGACCUGCUUUCCCUGAAGGUGGGCAGCGUUCUGCAUCACCUCAGCAUCAAGAGAGCUAUUCAAGUCCUCCGACUCAACAACUAUGAGCCUAACUGCCUCCGUCGCCGGCCGUCAGACGAGAACAACAUUUCACCGGCAGAGAUUUCCCAGUGGACCAACCACAGGGUGAUGGAGUGGCUGAGGUCUGUGGAUCUCGCUGAAUAUGCUCCCAACCUGAGAGGCAGCGGCGUCCAUGGGGGCCUGAUGGUUCUGGAGCCACGGUUCAAUGUGGAGACGAUGGCUUUGCUGCUGAACAUCCCCCCCAACAAGACUCUGCUGCGGCGCCACCUUGCCACACAUUUCAACCUGCUCAUUGGUUCAGAGGCCCAGCAGCUCAAACAGGAGUGUCUCGAAAACCCAGACUACACUUUGCUUACUGCAACCACUAAGGUCAAGCCAAAGAAACUAUCAUUCGGUAAUUUUGGCAGUCUGAGGAAGAAAAAGCAGGAAGAGAACGAGGAGUAUGUGUGUCCGAUGGACGUGGAGAUGCCAAAGGGUCGGAGCUUCCAAAAAGGCUUCGAGCUCCAAAUCUAUGAAGAUGACCUCGACCGGCUAGAACAGAUGGAGGACUCUGAGGGAACCGUGAGACAGAUUGGUGCUUUCUCUGAGGGCAUUCAGAAUCUGACGAGCAUGCUGAAAGACGACGAACUCUUCAAAGAGAUCUCCAAUUCUCCGAACCCCAGCGUAACCGACGACGACUCCAACGCAUGAGGCUGUCAGCAUCAGACCUGAUCCUGCUGUGAAUGAAACUCUGUGCCAACCCUCUCCACUUGCACACACACGUCUCAACAAAAAAACAAGAAUGCUCCCACAUUUUCCUCAUUUUUAGUGUUACAUUCAAAGAAGAGCCAAAAGUAUUAGCGUCGUGUCUUUCUAGUUGAUUUUUAAAUGUUGAAGCCUUCGGUCCAGAGGCCACUUUCACUCCUGAACUUAGUCUUCAUUACUCCCGACUGAUGUCAGAGGGAACAUGUAGGAUAACACCACUGUUUGCCUGCCAGCUGGUUUCUGGAGAUAUUAUUUCUGUGUUCUAUUCGGGUACCUUCCUGUUUUAACUGAAGUGAAAACCAGCAAAAAAUAAAAAACAUCUAGAAAAUGCCUAUAUAGAUUUAAUAUAUGACUUUUAAAUUGCCUUUUGACUGUGGCAAUGCUAGAAGAAAGAGUUGGACUAGAAGUGAUGUGUUGAGACUGUUUCCAUUUUGAAGUUAUAAAGAAAAAAACCCUCAAACAGCUGCUAUGUUUUCUACACAACUGAACCCUGCUAAAGAAAUGAGAACAGUCUUUAAAUAUUAUUCUGUCACUUAUACAUUUACAAAUGUGCAUAUACAGUAUAAAGCAAGAAUCUCGCUGCAUGUUUUGAAACUGCAACACAGUCAUAUAAGAACUCAUCAUUGUUUUUACCAAAAAAGGAUUUUUAAUGGAAACCUGCAGUUAUUUCUGGGGAAAUGUUGUGCUGCAAGGAAACGUCUGGUUUUCUCAAAGCGAUAAUGCCCUCUGCAGCUCUCCACCUUCCCUGAAAAGAUGUCCUUUUUGUACACUUAUGCAAUUAAUAAAUCAAUAAAGUAAUUUAAAUAUGUUUGUUUUCUUUGAAGAAAUUAAAUCCACACCUGUCACAAUGUCAGAUUUUUUUCAAGCGUCGGGGACGCAAGAACUCUCUAAUGUUGGUCGAUAAUGUUGACCGAUAAUUGGAGAUGACAAAAUGUGCUCUACACAACUCAGAAUCAGAAAGGGUUUUAUUGCCAAAUGUUGAGCAGGUUUACAACAUUAGGAAAUUGCUGCUCUGUAAUCAGGAUUUCUGUGUUUUGUUCAACAAUUAAAUCCUCCACAAAGA